CAUGGAGGUCACGUGCUUCCGGUCCCCAGCGUGGAGGUCCUCCUGGUGGAAGUUGCCCAGUCUGCUGCAGCUAGACCCUUCUCGGUUUUAACCGGGGAAUGCAUUUAUUACGUUUCUCACAGCGCCAUCUUUACAAUACAGCCAAGGAAAACUCUUAUUCCCCUUAUCUCUCUCGGUUUUGAAGAGUGACCUAAGGAACCUCUGAGGUUCAGCAAUCAUCAAUCCAACAGGAUCCGUGACUCGGUAGGGAGGUGGUUUGAGAGACUAUGGGGGUGAAGGUACUGCGCCCUCGGUGUUUCUUUGACAUAAGCAUCAACAACGUCUGUGUGGGGAGAGUUGUUGUUGAGCUGUUCUCAGAUGUGUGUCCAAAGACAUGUGAAAACUUUCGCUGCCUCUGCACAGGAGAGAAAGGAGUUGGGAAAGGCACCCAAAAACCACUACAUUAUAAAGGGUGCUUAUUCCACAGAAUUGUAAAGGACUUCAUGAUUCAAGGAGGAGAUUUCAGUGAAGGUAAUGGCAGGGGAGGGGAAUCCAUUUAUGGAGGAUUCUUUGAAGAUGAGAGUUUCUCGGUCAAACACAACAAGGAAUAUCUUCUGUCUAUGGCAAACAGAGGCAAAGAUACAAAUGGGUCACAGUUUUUCAUAACAACAAAACCUACUCCUCAUCUGGAUGGAGUCCAUGUGGUUUUUGGUCAAGUGAUCUCUGGCCAGGAAGUGAUUAAGACCAUUGAAAUUCAGAAGACAGAUGCCAGCAGUAGGCCAUAUGCUGAAGUCAAGGUUCUCAACUGUGGAGAACUUAUUCCAAAAUCUAAAGCAAAAAAGAAGAGGCACAGGUCGUCCACCUCACCCUCCAGAGAGAGCUCCAGUGAGUCUGAUUCAUCGGUGGACUCCUCCAGUUCAGAUGGGGAGCUGGAGAAGGAAUCCAAGAAGUGCAAAAGGAAGCACAAGAAAGAGUCCAAGAAGAAGAGGAGAGAUCGGAAACCAGUUAUUGAUGAUGACGGCUCUCAGGAAGAUGACAGUGGUGAGGAGAAGGGAGAGACCCAACUUGUGUCCACUGUGCGGCCCGAGGAGAUCCCUCCCAUUCCAGAGAACAAGUUUCUUAUGAGGCGAAGUCCCCAGCUGCAGCAAAAAUCUGAAUCUGGAAAGGAAAAAGAAAAGGAGAAACUGAGGGUCAGCACGGUGUUUAACUCUCAGCAGUCAUCGUAUCAAAGAAGACUGUUGGUGACGCGUUCUGGCAGGAAGAUUAAAGGAAGAGGGCCAAGACGCUACAGGACUCCGUCACGCUCCAGAUCCAGAUCAAGGGACCGUUUUUGGCGCAGUGAGACCCCUCCACACUGGCGCCAAGAGAUGCAGAGGGCCCAGAGGAUGAGGGCCCCAUGUGGAGAGCGCUGGAUCAAAGGAGACAAGAGUGAUUCAAUGGAGGGAAAGAAUGAAAUCACCAAGUCCUCAACAAGAGGGAGUGAGAGCAAAUGGGACAUCUCAGAUGGCCCCAAUCUAAACUGGGACAAAGAAAAAAGGAGCCAUCCGCACAGGUCUACGAGCAAAGAGAGGAAUGACCAGAAGGCUGACAAGGACAAGAAACAUGACAAACACAAAGCCAAGAAAAAGGACAAAUCCCACAGUCGUAGCAGGAGCAAAGGAAGGGGUUGCAAGUCACACAGCAGAGAGAGGGAUCACAAGUACAGCAAGGGUGAGGAAAAGAGGGAUAUCUCAAUGAGCAAGUUUCGAAACCAUGCCAAAGGGAAGGAAACCUCUGAAUUGGGGACAAAAGAGAGGGAGAAGAGCAAAAGCAUAGAAAGGACAAAGGGAGCUGAGGCAGAGGCAAAGGAAAAGAAGGAAAGGAGGGGCAGGAACAGGGAUAAGUCAAGGGCUAAGUCCAGGAGUAUGGAGAGGGACUCCAACAAGGACCAACAGAAGUGGCCCGGCAGCAGGAGCAGAGAGUGGGGCAAGCAGGGCUUAUCCUGGGAUAGAGACCGAGAUCGGGAGCAGAGCCUGCGUCCCUGGGACAGGGAGAACCGGAGGAGAGGGAGGUCCAAGAGCCAGGACAGAAAGAGGAGUCCAAACAAGGGCAAGAGUAGAGACUCACGGAAGGGAUGGAGGUCCAGGAGCAUGAGUGGCAAUGACCAAGACAACAGUCACAAUAAGGACAGCUCCUCUCACAUGAAGAGCCGAGCAGACAAGGAGGAGCACAGAAGGAAGAUAUCUAAGAGCUGUAGUAGCAGCAGGAGCAGCAUCAGCUCUGUCAGUGGUGCAGAGCACAGGGGCAGGAACAAGGGCAGUCAAAGUGGUAGCCCCAUUUUGAAGAAAACAGACAGUAGCAGAGAUGGGGAACACUCUCACAAGGCCAAGGAGAAGAGGUUGUCUGCUUCCCAGGAGAAGAAUCAAAAGUUAGAGUGAAGAGAGGGAGAAUUCAGAGCAAGGAAAAGAAAUGUGACUCCAGCCCAAGUACUGAUGAUGGCUUAACAUUGGUUUUAAUAUUGAAUAACAUUUCUUGACGCAUGGUAUGUCCUGCAACCUCUGGACUCUCUUCAGUGCAGUGGAAUUUCUUCAGGCUGUUGACGUGUUUUAAGCAUCUUUAAGAAGUGACAUCAGUCAGCUGUUCAAAGAAUCGGCAGUCAUGUUUAUACUACCGAAGUUUUAUUAAAACUUUAGAAUAGUGUGCAAUCUUGUUUUGUGUGCCUGGUAUGACACUUCAGAUUGGUGUCCUUUUUUUCUUUUUUUAUUACUUUAUCCUAAAUAUAAGUUGCAGAAAUGUACAGCUCAAUAGUUAGCUUCUGAAAUUCUUUCAAGAGCCUCCUUUAAAGUGACUUGAGGACUUGUGCAUUUUUUUUUUUUUUGCUGUAUUUGUAGUAGUGAUCAUCAUCUUGUCUGAAAUGUAUCAUCUCUUUCUCCCAAGGGUUUUUUUUGUUAGCCAGUCAAACAUCAUGCUCAAGACAUAGAGUUGGGCAAUAUACCACAACAAUAAUCAUAAUAUUUUUAAGCAUAACACCAAUUGAGGUAGAUAAGCUUUCUUCUGUCUUUAUUUCUUAUUUCAUACUUGAUUCAGUAGUAAACAUCCACACUUCAGAGACCACAUGAAAUUUUUCCAGGGAAAAAACAUCACCACUGAUAUAUACUCACCGGCCACUUCAUUAGGUGACAAGAGUGGCACCCGGUGUGGUCUUCUGUUGCUAUAGACCAUCUGCUUCAAGUUUUGACGUGGUGUGCGUUCAGAGAUGCUCUUCUGCAUACCUCGGUUGUAACGAGUGGUUAUUUCAGUUACUGUUGCCUUUCUAUCAGCUCGAACCAAUCUGGCCAUUCACCACUGACCUCUGCCAUCAACAAGGAAUGUUCGCCCAGAGAACUGCCGCCCACUGGAUACUUUCUAUUUUUCGGACCAUUCUCUGCAAACCCUAGAGAUGGUUGUGUGUGAAAAUCCCAGUAGAUCAGCAGUUUCUGAAAUACUCAAACGAACCUGUCUGGCACCAUGCCUCGUUCAAAGUCACUUAAAUCACCUUUCUUCCCCAUUCUGAUGCUUUGUUUGAACUUCAGCCGAUCGGCUUGACCAUGUCUACAUGCCUUAAUGCAUUGAGUUGCUGCCACGUGAUUGCCUGAUUAGAUAUUUGCGUUAACGGGUGCAGUUUGCAGUUGAGCAGGUGUACCUAAUGAAGUGGCCGGUGUGAGAGUAUAUUGGGUGUUAGCAGCAAGUCAGCAGCAAGGCCUUGCAACUUCCAUCUGAUUGACAGAAACACAUCAUAUGGAAACAGCAGUGUUUAUCAACACUCAAUAGAUAUCAGUGGUGAUGUUUUUUCCAAAAAGCAUUUCAGACCUCUGAAGUUUUGCUGUUUAGUACUACAUCAGGUUUUUUUUUUUUUUUUUUUUUACUAAAAGAAUGGCAAUACACCACAAGGUGGCAAUGACCAUUAUUUUUAAUAAUUAUUUUUGUGAUAUGUCGCCCAAUAGUUAUUCCCCCCCCUCCCUUCUUCAAAAAUGUUUUUAUUGAAUGGACAGGUUUGUGUCAAAACGGCAGAAUUGGUGUAUAAUGCUUUUUGCUUUAAGGGUUUAAUUCCGCACAGUGAUAUUUGUACAUCAUCAUUGUGGCUCUCAGAAGUCUGCACAGCUGGGCAAUUUCAAAGCUUGAAAUGGCAACAGCAUUAGAUUUGAUGGCAUAUAUAAGGUAUCCUUUGGUAGGCAGUUGUCAUACUUAUGUGGCAGAUAGGAUGGCUGCCAGAAUUGUAACAUUUUAAUUCACUUGUAUAACCCAUUUCAUUCAUUCAAGUAGUUUUCAUUUGAUUUAGAUUUUUUUGAUUUAGAGGUUCUGGGAUUGGAAAAGCAAUUAAAGUUUUUGGGCGAGAAAGUAGAAUUGUAAGGACAGAAAUGUGUAGGAUACUCAGAAAUUUUGUUGCCCUUGGAUUUUCUUUACAUUCAUUUUACUAAGGAGUUAAAGUGCAUGGCCAUAUUUUGGACCACUUUUCCCAUAUGUAAUUUUUAUGUUGGCAACAGAAUCAUUGCAUUCAAGAAAAACCACACCAAAUCUUUCUGGAAUAUAGUGUUUAGUGAAACCUUUAAUUUGGAAAAUUUAAUCUUAACCUGUCUAAUGCCAUCCUUAUCCAGUUUGUGAAGUGGGCUUUUAAUUUCAGUCCCUGAAUGUUUAAUCAUUUUCCAUUCAAGGAUUGCUCUUUAUUGGGGUUGUUGGUAAAAUCAUAAAGGUUAUAUAAAUGUGAAGUCCUAGCUUUAUUUAAAAAAUCUAACAAUACCUGUAGUGUGAUCUGUUAUAAAAUAAAAAUCUAAAUGCA